AUGGGGUUUAGGGAUAAUGCAAUUCAAGCAGGGAGUUUGGAUGUGGGGAAGAAGUCAAAGGGAAAGAUGAAGAAGGAUGGUGAUGAGAAGGAAAUUGGGUGUUGUGUUAAAUUUAAUUGCUUUGCAAAGUGUAUACCUUCAAGAUCAAAAGUUGAUUCUUCUAAAAGUGGCACCACAAGUGCUUAUAGUGUGGAUAAAACAUCUGCAUAUGAGAAAAGGGAAAGGGAAAGGAGUGCUCCUCCGGGAUCGUCUACAACUAGUAAUGCGGAAAGUAUCCCUUCUACUCCAAAGUUCAGCGAGGAGUUGAAGGUUUCUUCUGAUUUGAGAAAAUUCACAUUCAUUGAGCUAAAGAUGGCAACGAGGAAUUUUCGACCCGAGAGUCUUCUUGGUGAGGGAGGAUUUGGAUGUGUCUUCAAAGGUUGGAUUGAAGAGAACGGAACUGCACCUGUGAAACCAGGUACUGGACUUACCGUUGCAGUCAAGACCCUCAACCACGAUGGACUUCAGGGUCACAAAGAGUGGCUUGCUGAGUUAAACAUUCUUGGUGAUAUUGUUCACCCAAAUCUGGUUAAAUUGAUUGGUUUUUGUAUCGAAGAUGAUCAAAGAUUGUUGGUUUAUCAGUUUAUGCCCCGAGGAAGUUUGGAGAACCACCUUUUCAGAAAAGGGUCCUUGCCUCUUCCGUGGGCUAUUAGAAUGAAAAUUGCGCUCGGUGCAGCCAAAGGACUUCAUUUUCUCCAUGAAGAAGCUCAAAGGCCUAUAAUCUAUCGGGAUUUCAAAACGUCUAAUAUUCUGUUAGAUGCGGAAUAUAAUGCAAAGCUAUCUGAUUUUGGACUUGCUAAAGAUGGUCCUCAAGGUGAAAAUACACAUAUAUCAACAAGAGUUAUGGGAACAUACGGUUACGCAGCUCCUGAGUAUGUAAUGACUGGUCAUUUGACAUCAAAAAGCGACGUCUAUAGUUUUGGUGUAGUGCUACUUGAAAUGCUCACCGGUCGACGAGCUGUUGAUAAGAAUAGACCGAACGGGGAACACAACCUUGUCGAGUGGGCGAGACCUGUACUAGGAGAACGAAGAUUAUUAUUCCAGAUAAUCGAUCCUCGUCUCGAAGGUCACUUCUCGGUCAAAGGAGCGCAAAAAGCUGCCCAACUAGCCGCCCAAUGCCUUAGCCGUGAUCCAAAACUCAGACCUAUGAUGAGUGAAGUUGUUCAAGCUCUAAAGCCUCUGCAAAACCUCAAAGACAUGGCUAUCACGUCGUAUCACUUUCAAGUCGUGCGAGUAGAUCGCACGAUGUCGAUGCCAAAAAACGGUACGCAAACACAGUUAACAUCUUUAUCGAAGAAAGGUCAACCUAUGAGGAUAUUGUCAAGUCCAAAUGGUCAAAACGGUUCUCCGUAUCGUCAUUACAUCAAGUCGCCUAAACCUAAUGGAUAA